AUGACUUUAACCUCCAUCCUGCUUCCCCGGUGGAUUACUUGCUCCGUUCCCUCCCCCCAGACCUCUCACAACCAUGGCCACCACAAACACUACCAGAUCAUCCACGACUCACCACCUGUCCAUGUGGCGGCCUCCGGCGGCUUCCACGAUUACAUCGGCCUCCACCAGCGAUGUCAGACGCCUGUCGUCAACGAAGUGCAAGUGUGGUACUAUAAUUACUAUAAUCCCAGCGACAGCGCGAAACCCGUCUCCUUCGCCCCCAUCAAAGACAGGCACGCCAAACACGCCAAACACACCGAACAGGAAAAAUUAGAAUGUAUCCCCUUCCCCGAUCCCCGAUUCUGCUCCGGUGGUCUCCAUGCCAACUCUACUGACCUUGGUCCUGGUCCUCCUUCCUCUCCUCCUCCUUCCUAUCCUCCCUCUCCUCCUCCUCCCCCCAACAACCCCAACAACCCCAUUCCCGACCCUGAUCCCUCCAAACCCCCCGGCCCCGAUGUCCCGGACCCCGGUAGCAGCCAUCAACAAGAGGAGCGCAGAUUCUUCUGCAACAUGUGGAAGUCCACAGCCUUUUUGAUGAAUCUGUUCGUGGUUUUGGAAGUUGCGACGCUGGUUGGGUUCGUGGUUUUGUUGGUGUUGGGUGAUGGCGGAGGGCAUCAGGACGUGCGAAGAAGGAGGAGGGGAAGUAGGGGAAGUAGGGGAAGUGGGCGAGGAGGGGAGGAAAGCUUACUUGGUGGGCAACAUGGUGGGCAACAAGGUGGACAAGGUGGACAAGGUGGACAAGGUGAACAAGGUGGACAAAAUGGAUCAAAUGGACCAAAUGGACCAAAUGAACAAGGAAGGAGACGGAGGAGGGGUUUGAGGAUCUUAAGAGAGAAAGGAGAAAGGUGGAAGGUGUUAGCUUGGAUGAUGGGGGCUGUGGGGGUGGGUUUGGCGAUGGCGGGGGGGUUAGUGGCCUACCUCUUCCAUCACGAUGAUCAGUUUAACCGAAUCCCGGGGUACCGGCUGGGGGCCUCUUGGUAUCUUUGCAUGUUUGGGGCGCUGAUUUCGAUGGCGUGUAUGGCUGGGUUGGUAGCUUCUGCUUUUGUAUUGCCAUUUGAGGACGCUUUGGUGGUGCCCUUUGAGGAUGAGUGUGAUGAGGAUUCGGAGGAUGAGAAUGGUGGAAACGGGUUCAUGUCCGAGCGCAAUCUCAACUCUUUACGCGCUAAGGAUGCCGGCUACCGUCAGACAGAGUCCAUGGGACUAUGUGUCCAUUCAUCUCAAGUCCGGAACACCGACACCUUGAAGGUCAUGGUCGAUCAAGGAGAUCGGGUUUUGGCCGACCAAAUAGGGGUAUGCAUAAUCCACUUGCCGAAAGAAAUCUAA